AAGAAAUUAAUCCCGACGACAUACCUCGGUUUUUGUACUAAUUAUUUUCCCUCUUAUCAAUAAAAUACUAUUAGCAAUUCUCGAAAAAACAGUCUUAAAACAAAAAACUCAAUUAGCCUCGCACCACAACUUUUCACAAGCCAAUUACCACUCCACAAAAUUUUAAAAAAAAAAAAAAAAAACUCAAAACGCCCAAAACACAAUUGGUAUCUUAUUGAUCCCUUGCUUCUUUCUUCUUCUUCUUUGGCCAUUACCAGAAUGAUGGCCGCGCUUGGCUCCGAUCAGCUGAAGCAGCUGAAAGACAUCUUCAUGCGCUUCGACAUGGACUCCGACGGCAGCCUCACCCAGCUCGAGCUCGCCGCCCUGCUCCGGUCUCUGGGCGUCAAGCCCACCGGUGACCAGCUCCACGUCCUCCUCGCCAACAUGGACGCCAACGGAAACGGCACCGUCGAGUUCGACGAGCUCGUCACCGCCAUCUUGCCUGACAUGAACGCGGAGAUCCUCAUCAACCAGGAGCAGCUCACGGAGGUCUUCCGGUCGUUCGAUCGCGACGGAAACGGCUACAUCACCGCCGCCGAGCUCGCCGGAUCCAUGGCCAAAAUGGGUCAUCCGUUGACGUACAGAGAGCUCUCCGAUAUGAUGCAAGAGGCCGACACGAACGGCGAUGGCGUGAUUAGCUUCAACGAAUUCGCGACGAUCAUGUCUCGGUCUGCCGCCGAUUUUCUUGGGGUAUGAUCAGGUGUGGCGCGGGUAUGAUCGUUUGUGGAUGGUUUGACUUUUUAUCGCUGACUUUUAUGUUUUAUUUUUUAUUUUUUAUUUUUUAUUUUUGUUAUCGGUUUUGUGUUUGUGGGGUUGAGGGGCUUGUCUUGAUAAUAUAUAUAGGAUGGAUUUGUGGAAGGAGGAGGAGGAGGAGGAUCUGCAUAGGAAAGGGGAUAAUAUAUGUACUGAUAAAUUUUAAUAUUGGGACCUGCCCCUCAAUCCCUUUAGUGAAUUAAGAUCAGAAUUACCAAUUAAUUAAUCAAAAACCCAUCUUGUAAAUUUUUGUAUAAAUAAUAAUUUAUGUUAUUAGUAGUUCAUGUUUAGGUCCAUUUCAAUUUCAUACCAUUUGGGUUGUAAUUUGCAUAUGAAUUCUCUCUCAGGUUAUGUUAUGAACUUAUGAAUUGGUCA